GAGCAAUGGUUAUAUUGUAAACAGUCGCUAUUAUGUGUGUUUGAUUUCGUGUUACGUGAAAUCUUAAUUUUAAUAUUUGACAAUAAUUGAUUGUUAGUGUAAAUGUCUGUUGUUUUUUAAUACUGUUGCAGAUUAAAAAUUUUUCUGUCAAUUAUCUUAAGUUUGAUUUUAUCGCUGGUCUAUAUAAAAUUAAAAUUUUAAAUCGUUAUAAUGUUUGGCUUCAAAAUCUUAAUGUUUUCAUUGAUGUUUUUUAAUGAACAAGUGUUAAGCAUCGAAAAUAGUUAUGCCUAUUAUUUAACGCAACGUGAAAAACUGAUUACCGAAGAACAGUUAGUAUCAUUCGGUGCUAAUAUUACGUUAAAUGAGGAAGAACAGCGAGCAAACGAUAUUCUAAUGAAAUAUAAACACGAGGAAUUAAAGACAGCUUUCAGGGACCCAAAGUCCUUUCUACCCUCGAAAAGCUUUCUCCGAGUCUCGGAGUCGAUUUCUCGCUCGAAAGUCUUCCGCUUUAUUCGACAAAUGCCAAAAGGCGGUGUCCUCCACGCUCACCUCUCUGCUGUGAAUUCCCGUAAUUUCAUCCUGGGCAAUAUCACACGUCGACCAAAUCUCUACGUCUGCCGCAAGCUCGAUCUUUCGCUCAAGCUCAAGUUCCUCGACGAGUCUUCGUUGCAGAGAACAAAGGAAUGCAACUGGGAAUUGUUGGCCGAGGCAAGGGUCAGGGAUAAAACGAUCGAUGAGGAGAUCGCUGAAGCGUUGAGUAUGUUCGCGGACAAUCCGUACGGAUGCGGUAAGGGGAUCGAUGAGGCGUGGAAGAAAUUUUUGAGUAUUUUCAAGUUCAUCAAGUCUCUGGUUACUUAUAGACCUGUUUACGAAGAUUUUCUAUACCACAUAAUGGAGGAGCUUUACGAAGAUAACGUACAGUUCAUCGAAGUGCGAACACCGUUCUCAGCGCUGUACGAAUUGAAUGGUUACCAGUACACACACCUCCAGGUGCUUCAGAUCUACCAGAAAAUCGUCGACCGAUUUGUCAAGGAUUAUCCUGACUUUGCUGGUGUGAAAUGGAUCUACUCUCCCCAGAGAAACGUGCCUCUGUCGACUUUCAUGGAAUACGUCAAUACGUUCCGAGCUUUAAAGGAUGUACAGCCAGAUCACGUUGUCGGUUUUGAUCUCGUUGGUCAGGAGGACAAGGGUCGACCACUUAAGGACUUUGCUAAGGAGCUGCUGGCUCUCGGAAAGGAGACAAGCUUCUUCUUUCAUGCUGGAGAGACUAACUGGAACGGAAUGCAGACUGAUGAGAAUUUGAUUGAUGCUGUUUUGUUGAACACCAAGAGGAUCGGACAUGGAUACGCUCUAGCAAAGCACCCAAAGUUAAUGCAGCUAGUCAAGGAGAAGAAGAUAGCGAUCGAAGUGAGCCCGAUUUCAAAUCAAGUUCUGAAACUUGUGAAGGAUCUCAGAAAUCAUCCUGCGAGUUAUUUCUUCGCGUUAGAUCUGCCGGUAGUGGUGUCGAACGACGAUCCAGGCUUCUGGGGUGCCAGAGCACUGAGCUACGACUUCUACGAGGCCUUUGUUGGUAUCAUGUCGAGCAGAGCUGAUUUGAGGGCUCUGAAACAGCUGGCACUGAAUUCCAUCGUCUACAGUAGUAUGAACGAUACGGAGAAAAAAAGUGUGAUGGAGAUAUGGGAAAAACGGUGGGCGAGUUUUAUUUCGAAAAUCGUUCGUAAUUUUUAAAGGGGGGUUUAUGGUGCUUGUUUUUAUGUUAGAUAAAGUAAUGGAACAAUGGGUCUGAAUAAUUUAUUUGUAAGAUAUAAUUAAGAGGCUAAAAAAUUGUGAUAGAAUAAUUGUGUAUCAACGUAAAUUUAUAUUUUUGUACUGCUCGUUUUUAUUCUGUUUACGUUAUCAUUUAUUGGUUUUGUAUUUGUACGUAUUAAAAACGGUGGUCGAGUUUUAUUUCGAAAAUCGUUCGUAAUUUUUAAAGGAGGGUUUGCGGUGCUUGUUUUUAUGUUAGAUAAAGUAAUGGAACAAUGGGUCUGAAUAAUUUAUUUGUAAGAUAUAAUUAAGAGGCUAAAAAAUUGUGAUAGAAUAAUUGUGUAUCAAUGUAAAUUUUUAUUUAUAUUUAUUACAAACUCGAUAUAAUAUGCAAUGUAUCUGUAGAAAUUGUUAAAUGAUUAUUUGCAGUUUGAGUACAUGAACGUCGUAUAGGUAUACCUCUUGUGAUAACGACGUGAUGUUAUUAAAUAUAAUCUUAGCAGAGA